AUGGGAAAGCUUUUCACGUUCAACAUCGCGUUCUUCGCGUGUUUGGGGAGUUUCUUAUUUGGAUAUGACAGCGGUGUUAUGACCGACGUCAUUGCAUCUAAGCACUUCUUAGGCUACUUUGACACAACAAGUGAUUCACCAAUUUUGGGAGCUAUAGUAUCGACCUUUGCAGGUGGUGCUGUGUUUGGUGCCUUAUCUGGAGGAUAUACCAUGGACAGACUUGGUCGAAGAGUGAGUAUUCAAAUAGGAGCUGUUGUAUGUGUUAUUGGAGCAAUUCUUCAAGCGGCCUCAACACAUCUUGCCAUGAUGCUUGUCGGUCGUAUCAUUACGGGGUGGGCAGUUGGAAUUAUGAGCAGUGCUGUCCCUGUAUACUGUGCUGAGCUUGCGCAUCCCAAGAGGCGUGGUUUUUUGGUCGGGUUAUCCCAGCAGAUGAUUGGGCUUGGUUUCAUUGUUUCUACAUGGGUGGGAUACGGUUCCGCACAUGCCUCAGACCACAGUAGUUUUCAGUGGAGAUUCCCUCUUGCGUUCCAAGGAGUCCCCGCUGGAAUUCUCGCGAUCGGUCUCACCUGGUUCCCAGAGUCUCCUCGCCAGCUUAUCGAAAAGGAUAAUGAAGAUGAAGCUCUUAGAAUUUUGAAAAAGCUGCAUGCCAAUGGCCGUAACGAUGAAUGGAUUAUGUCUGAGUUCAAUGAAAUCAGGCAGACGAUUCUUGCUGAAAAGGCACUGGUUGUAAGGAGUUGGAGUGUUAUGUUUACGGUCCCGCAGUGGAGGAAUCGUCUCAUGCAUGGAGUUAUGGUACAGGUCUUUACACAACUCACUGGUAUUAAUGUCAUCAACUACUACCAGACACAGAUGUAUGAAGCGCUGGGAAUAACUGGAAAAAAGGCCCUUCUUGUCUCUGGUUUAUACAAUAUUGUCGGCCCUGUUACCAACGCAUUCUUUAUCUUCUUCCUUAUUGAUCGCGUCGGCCGUCGUAAGCCGCUACUCUUUGGAACAAUCGGUAUCAGUCUCUGCUUGAUUGUUGAAGCUGUCCUGAACUCCAAGAACCCUGAUGGGGAAAAUGAGUCGCUUUCACGGGCUGGUGUGGCUAUGAUAUUUUUGGUAUCAAUGGUUUUUUCUGUUAGUUUUGGGCCGAUAUCAUGGACUUAUAUGUCGGAAGUCAUGCCCAUGCAAAUUCGUGGAAACGGAAACGCUUUUGCAACUGGUAUCGGAAACUGGCUCGUCAACGUUCUGUUCUCACAGGUUUCGCCGCAAGCGUUGGCAAAACUCAAAUGGAAAUAUUACUUUGUUUUCGUGGCCUUCAAUUUCGUUGUCACCCUUCCCACCGUAUUCUUUGUCUUCAAGGAGACAAAGGGUGUCUCAUUGGAGGAGAUUGAUCUGCUAUUCGGGGAACGCGCCUUGGGGUCCCUGCCAAAUGAUAUUGAGAAGGAACAAAAUGUUCACAUAGAACAUGAUGGGAAGCGUGAUACCACAGCCUAA